UCUUUCUCUCUGCCUCUGUGAAGGGUGCGAAUGGGCAGAGCAGAACUUCUAGAAGAGAAGAUGAGCUCCCGGGAUCCCUCCGAUCUGUGGAGCAGAUCUGAUGGAGAAGCCGAGCUGCUCCAGGACUUGGGGUGGUAUCAUGGCAACCUUACGCGCCAUGCAGCUGAGGCUCUUCUCCUCUCCAAUGGAUGUGACGGUAGCUAUCUCCUGAGGGACAGCAAUGAGACGGCCGGGCUGUACUCUCUCUCUGUGAGAGCCAAAGACUCUGUCAAACACUUUCAUGUUGAAUACACUGGAUAUUCAUUUAAAUUUGGCUUUAAUGAAUUCUCAUCAUUGAAGGAUUUUGUCAAACAUUUUGCAAAUCAGCCUUUGAUUGGAAGUGAGACAGGUACUCUGAUGGUUCUAAAGCAUCCCUACCCAAGAAAAGUGGAAGAACCUUCCAUUUAUGAGUCUGUCCGGGUUCACACAGCAAUGCAGACAGGAAGAACAGAAAAUGACCUUGUGCCCACCGCGCCUUCUCUGGGCACCAAGGAAGGUUACCUCACCAAGCAAGGAGGCCUGGUCAAGACCUGGAAAACAAGAUGGUUCACUUUGCACAGGAAUGAACUGAAAUACUUCAAAGACCAGAUGUCACCAGAACCGAUUCGGAUCCUAGACCUAACAGAAUGUUCAGCUGUACAAUUUGAUUAUUCACAGGAAAGGGUAAACUGUUUUUGCUUAGUAUUUCCAUUCAGGACAUUUUAUCUCUGUGCAAAGACAGGAGUAGAAGCUGAUGAGUGGAUCAAGAUAUUACGCUGGAAAUUGUCACAAAUAAGAAAACAUCUCGACAAAGGGGAAGGCACAGUCCGAUCUCGGUCGUUCAUCUUUAAAUAGAUUUUUCUUGCCAAGGAAUGUUCUGGUCCCAGAGCAAGGUGGAGUGCUCCCCGAUGCUGUGAUCCACAACAGGCUUUAGGUGAAAACUGACUAAGGACUUUUUUCUAAAAACAAACCAGGAGCAGACUCCGAUUGGGACUAAUAUACCACGUUUACUGACUCACAGACUUCUCUUCCAAGAUGUUGAGAACACUUGCUACUCUCAUCUCCUUGAGGAUACUGAAACAAUCUUUCCAACAGAAUCUGAUUAAACCACCACUCCCAGGCCUGCUCACUCUUAGAACACACAACGAAAGAUAAUGUUUUUGUUUUCACUCUUUGUGGUACCCAAGCUUGUUGACAUUAGUUGCCAGGAGUCCCCACUCUGAGUCAUGGUCAGUCCAUCUGACAUUCAGGUUGAGCUAUUAACCAGGCAGGAAACAGUCAUGUACCUGGAGGCUUAGACCACCACAUCUUCAGAAAUUAUAUGGAGAGAACAGACAUCAAAUAUUUUCAGGGGAGAGAUCAUUUUUUACUUUUUUCCUCUCCUUUACACAAAAA